AAAAAUAAAUUGAAUAAGACAAAGAAAAAAAUUUAAUUAAUAAUAAUAUUUCAUAAAAAAAAGUAAAUAAGCCCAAUAACAUACAUUUAACAAAUCUCCUUAAGAAAAAAUAGUUAAUUAUUAACAAAGCGUAAAAUAAAAGACAUGGGAAAUUGCAACUUCAGAUAGCCUGAUUAAGAAGAUACAACAACUGCCAUUUCGAUAAAUAACUUUGAUCUUAGGUUCGUUAUUGGAAGAGGAGGUUUUGGAAAGGUUUGGAGAGUUGAAAAUAAGAAAACAAAAUAGAUUUAUGCGCUUAAGGAAAUGUGUAAAGCAAAGGUCAUAUCUAAAAGAAGUGUCAAUUCCGUCAUGAAUGAGAGACAACUCCUAGCAAGUUUGCAUCAUGCAUUUCUGAUUAAUAUGGUUUAUGCUUUUUAAGACAGAUAAAACUUGUAUUUAGUUAUGGAUUUAUUGACUGGAGGAGAUUUGCGUUUCCACAUUUCAAGACAUCGUAGAUUUUCAGAGGAAUAAACAAAAUUUUUCUCUGCUUGUAUUAUUGUUGGCUUAGAGUAUUUACAUUAGAAUGGAAUAUUGCAUAGAGAUAUUAAACCAGAAAAUUUGGUAUUUGAUAAUAAAGGGUAUAUAAGAAUUACAGAUUUAGGUAUUGCAAGAAUUUGGAAACCAGAUAACUCCUCAGAUACUAGUGGUACUCCAGGAUAUAUGGCUCCAGAAGUAAUGUGCAGGCACAAUCAUGGUGUUGCUGUAGAUUACUAUGCACUUGGUAUUAUCGUUUAUGAAUGCAUGAUGGGUAGAAGACCAUAUGUUGGAAAAACAAGAUAAGAAAUUAGAGAUCAAAUUUUAGCCAAGCAAGUUCAAAUUAAAAAAGCAGAUGUACCUGAAGGCUGGAGCUUAGAAGCAGCUGAUUUUGCAAAUAGACUUAUUUAAAGAAAACCUGCCAAUAGACUUGGAUUAAAUGGACCAGAUGAAGUUAAAAACCAUGUUUGGUUCAAAGAUUUCCCCUGGUAAAAGCUACUUAACAAAGAGUUGAUUUCUCCUUAUAUCCCAAAUCAAAAAGAAGAAAACUAUCAUGUAUAGGAUAAUAGAAAAGAUAGCAAUGAAGACUUAAAUGGCCAAAAUGCUAUUUUGCUAAAAAGAAACUCUAUUCAAGAUUUAUUUUCUGGAUAUAACUUCGAUAGUACUCAUAACCCUCCUCAAUAACUGAUGAUGAUGAACAGUCCUAAUGUCAGUAAAAGAUUUAAUUAAAGCUAAACAUAAAGUUAAAGAGCUACUCCUGAUAUCCCAUCAACAGCAUCUAACCACUCACGUAAAGUUUCGCAAAUGGGAUCUCAGCUACAAAAUGAAGUCCCUAACUCUUAGUAGAAUCUACCUAAUGGAUACCAAAAUAGUUAUAUGGGUAAUCAAUCUUACCAAAAUUAGAUUGAUCAAACAGCUUCCCAAUCUUACUAGUAAUAUUAAUAAUAGUUAGCUUAAUAAAAUCAAAUGAAUAAAUAAAAAUCUCUACGCUAAUCAUUUGCAUGA